AUGUCGAGCUUAGCAAACCGAGUUCGAGAGUUCAACAGACUCCGUCGUCCUGAAAUGGACGACAUAGGUACUCCCAACCACUACAUCUUCAGCGUCAUUUCCCUCCCCAAAGUCCCCGGAAAUGCUGUCUUCGUGGCGAAUCCUUACAACGGCCACUACCACUACGACGGUCGCGCACGAAUUACCCCGCUCGCAGUAGAAGAACAAGCAAAAAUCAUCGUUCCAAUUCUGCUCGAAAUCUUCAAUUCCCGAUUCGACUCCGAAGGCGAAUUAAUAUACCAAAUGAACUCCGACAUGAGCCCCUGGGCUCCAAACAGUUGGGGCACAGCCGAUCCAGCCCUUGCGCGUGCUGUUUCCAACAGAUUAACAGCUUUCGGCGUUCAUCGCGAGAUGUGUGAAGUGAAAGUUGCCGACAAAGAACAGGUUCUGACGGCAAAUACGAUUUGGCGCCGUGCUGCCAAUGAGCUUUUGAAGGCUAUGGGCGGCGCUAUGAGUUCGCCUCCUGAUGAGUUUGGAGAUAAUGUGAAUAGGCUGUGUGAGGUUUGUGGCUUUACACCUUCUCUCGAUGUGAAGUUGCUUAGUUGCGCUCGGUGCAAAAAGAUUUAUUACUGCACCAAAGCUUGUCAGAAGCUUGACUGGCCGAUGCAUAAGCCUAGCUGUGUAGCGCCUGGUGCUCCUCAACAAAGUGGUGCUUCUACUUCUACACCGGCGAAUGCUCAAGCGCCCCGAGCCGCGAGCAAAUAA